AUGAAGUACAGAGUCGCAGCAUCGGUCGUGGCUGCCCUACUACUACUGGGCACCGCCUGUCCGGUUUCGGCAACAGAGUGGUGCCGGGCUGCUCCUGAAGAUGGAAAGCAGGAAUACGGAGUGUGCAUGGCAGCGGGGGAAGGGUCCGCUCGAUAUAUGAUCGAGAUCGUUCCUGUUGUCGGUCCGGGUAUUGAUCUACAAAGUAACGUCAAGCUCACAGUUACAGGAAGUGAUGGAACGGAAACCAAGCCCAUUCCGAUCGCGACUGAGGCUUUUGGCACCGAGAAACGGGUGACCGUUGACCGCAUUGAUGUCGGUGACCCAGAGUCCAUCCGUGUCUUCAUCACCGGCAACUCCGCAUGGAAGUGCCAACGCAUUAUGGUGUGGAAAGACUUCCGUUACUGGCUAUUCGACUGUACUGGUAUGCUGGACCCGAAACAUCGUGAUGCAACCUACACGAUGUCCGGCAACAAGAUGUACCAAGCGGUCCUACAGACAGGAAAUGAUGAGCACGCCGGCACCUCGGGGGGCAUUGAGCUUACGCUGAUCGGGAGCGUGGGCCAGUCAGCUCCGAAGCUUCUCAUCCAGGACGUCCGGCCUGGCGCCGAGAGAAGAGUCCGCUUCCGGGCGGCUGACGUUGGUGAUGUAACUGCACUCGUCCUGCGGAACACAGCAGAGACGGAUCCGUGGUACUGCGAAUUUGUGCGCAUCAAAGCAGACGACGGGCGGGUCUUCGCUUUCAACGUCAAGAGAUGGAUUGGAACUCCGUAUGAAUCGGCCAUAAGGGUGACCCUGAAACCAUCCGAGGAUGCUGACACGCCUGCUCAAGACGUCGAAUGUCACACUAGAGCUCUCGAUCUAUACAGCCGCAUUCCUGAGAAUGUUGGAAUUUUCAAAGUUCGGUGUCCGAUGAACUGCCAGGCGUCCGAGUUUGCCAGGGUCGAAGGAUCCUCCAUUCAUCCAGCAGCCAGCUCCAUUUGUGCUGCGGCAAUCCAUGAUGGGGUCCUUUCUCCUUCUGGUGGAGAAGUCGUGGUUUCAGCCGUCGGGGAGCUGCCAGAGUAUACCGGUAGUACUCUAAAGGCAACAGGCACCGUUUCCUCACAUUUCAGCUCGGCGCCGUUGAAUCCCAGUUUCAGCUUUUUUAUCUACCGAUCGGAUUCUAUUGACGAUGUUGAUAGGGAUGUCCGUGUUGUCGAUGCUUACGGAAAACUAUCACCGACCGGACGCCUGGAAAUCCGGCGCAAUGGUGUGUGGGGUUCAGUUUGCAAACAGGGUGAUUUUACGAUAUUCACAAUUGACUCGGCACGGAAAGCGUGUCAUGAGCUUGGAUACCUUCAUGGCAUGUAUCUGGAGGACGGCUGCGAGUCCGUUGAGGGGCAAUACGUGUGCGCUAGCGCGAAGUAUCCUGUGUCUGUCGCGGCAGACUGCACGUUUGAAGAGCCGCCCCCACGAUGUGCGGAUCACUCGAUGGAUGUAGCCAUCAAAUGCACAAACAACCCUCCAGCCGAGCCUCCGUUGGGAACUCUACGCAUCGUCGAUGAGAAUGGGACUCCCGCCACCAAUGGAGUGGGAAGACUCCAGUUCUACAACAACGGUUGGGGAAGUGUUUGCAGCGAUGGCUGGACAAGAGAAUCUGAAAGGGUCGCGUGCCUUCAGAUGGGCUAUACCGGAGUCAAACAUGGUGGUUACUCUGAUGACGGGUGCGACGAUGUGAUGGGAGUUAAUCUUUGCGGGCCUGAAACCGAAAAGAUUGCCGUUUAUAACGUGGCCUGCGGAGGCGAGGAAACGAGCUUGCGACACUGUCCUCACGAGACUUCAAGCGAUAUUUAUUGCGUACACGACGAGGACGUCAUUGUUGGUUGCCGUGGUGAUGGAGACCCUUCUGGAAUGGGGCUGUUCAGGACGGAGGACACCCCAGAUAUCUCCAAGAGAAACUACCCUCCGAAGAUUAGGCUGAACUGCGGGGACCGCCCAAUGACUCACAAGCAGAUGACUGGACGAUCCGGAGCGACGUUUUUAGCAACAUGUCCGGAUGGCUGCAGCGAAGAGCCGGGGUCCCUGAAAGGGACCUACAUCUACACAGAUGAUUCUUCUAUGUGCAAAGCUGCCAUCCAUGUCGGAGCAACCGGGCCUCAGGGCGGCGACAUCAUUGUCGUACUCGGCGAGGCACAAGACUCUUUCAUGGGGUCCGAACGCAAUGGAAUCAAAAGCGAGGCGUUUGGGCACUACGAGCGGACAUUCAUGGUGUCCGUUCCGGUUAACACGGUGAAAGCACGAGCAGCAAAGGAAUCUGCUACGGAGGCUGUGUAUGCAGGAAGAUCUGCUAUCCCUGGUGGAGGUACAUUCCCAUCCUUCCGACAAACUGACGAGCCCGCUGCCGUCGACCUGCUUCCAGAGAAGUUCCACUGGUUCACUCCAGGGGAUUUUUCUGGAUUUCGCGGGAGAUCUGGCGAUUUCGUUGAUACGGCGAAGCUGCCAGGUGCAAAAGCGCUUACGGGUUUCUCAGACUUCACGGUUGCCGCCCAAGUGUCUGUCACCGGUGGGAAGAAGACGUGGAGGGCCAUCCUGACCCAAAGCGGCUGCGAGGGCUUUACCUUGGCCAUUGACAACAAGGAUGAACUUGUCUUCGAGCAAAAUUGUCAUCCCCAUUUCAUAAGCACAGGGGUGAAACCAGCUAUAGGAGAAGCAUUGCAUGUCGCCAUCUCAUACUACUCGCCUGACAAAGCGGUCAACAUAUACGUGAACGGGCGACAAGUCGUUUCAGAAAAGACCGAUUUUGACUUCAAUUUGAAGAAUCAGCUAACUAUCGGACGUGCAGCAGAUUCAGAAUCCGAAUACUUUAUCGGCCAGAUAACCGCGAUGCGGAUCUUUGACUACGCCCUUUCUCCUGAGCAAGUGCAAUACGUAGCAACCCAUGCAGCAGCUGGACUCGGCGUUGGAGGACCCGUCCCUGGUGGAGAACGGCGCACAGACGAUGGACGCGUUUGCUUGUCUCCGUGCUCCUCAGAAGAGCCUCUCCUCAACGAAAUACCAAAGUCGUCACUGCCAACAAAUCCAGCAAUUCAACUGACAUGCGAGGACACUCUUAUGCGCGAGGAAUUCAAUGGGACAGCAGAGCAACGGCUUCUGGUGUCAUGCCCCUCUGACUGCACAUCGAAGGUUGCGCCAGUCUAUGGAAGCAAAGUCUACGGAGAAACAAGCUCUGUGUGUAAAGCUGCCCUGCACAGUGGCGCUAUGACCGCACAAGGGGGGGAGCUAGUUGUCGUGCUACAUAACGGCCUCAAGUCAUACUCCGGCUCCAGCGGCAAAAACGGGGUCGUGAGUAUGAGCGAGUACGGGCCUCAGCUCCGAUCAUUCUCGGUCCUCAAGGCGCCCAACUUCAGAAAGCUGACUUGUAGAGACGACGGUGCAUUUGUGCUAAAUAUGAAUCCUGGCGACAAAGAGCUGGUGGUCUGUCCCCCUGGUUGCGUGACUGCAACUGAAGCACCGGUCUACGGAACGAAGUUGUACAGUCCGAUUUCCGCUGUGUGUAGAGCUGCAAUACACUCUGGACGACUAACUAGCGAGGGCGGAGAAGUGGAAAUCGAAGUGGCUGGACAGCAGGAGACAUUUAAGGGUACCACAAGCAACGGCAUCAAAUCUGCGAACAGCGGCUGGUAUCUUAGAUCCAUCACUUUCGUUCAAGGAGCACCGGGGCGCCCGCAGCAAGAGGAACUGCGAUAA